CGACCGUUGGUUGGAAGAGCCGCAACAAUAAUUUUACGCCCGUGACGAAGCAGCUUCCGAUGACCCAUAAUUCUUUGCGCUUUGAAGCAGUUCAUAUGACCUCAGAGUUGUCCGUCGUUAGCAAAUACAGGAAGUCUUUGUCAGCUGAGAAGGGCCCGGAGUCACAUGUUUACAUCAGCUGAUCUGGAAUAAAAACACAAUCCCAUUGCUGGCACAAAAUGUCUCAUCUCACAGAACUUUUCAAGUAUGUGGACGACCACCAGGACCUGUAUGUGCAGCGCCUGGCUGAGUGGGUGGGUGUCCAGAGUGUGUCUGCUUGGCCUGAGAAGCGCGGGGAGAUCAAAAAAAUGAUGGAGAUGGCAGCCAAGGACAUCGAGAGGCUGGGAGGGACUGUGGAGUUGGUGGACGUUGGCAAGCAGAAGCUUCCCUCAGGAGAGGAGAUCCCCCUGCCUCCUAUCAUUCUGGGGCAGUUAGGAUCAGACCCAGCCAAGAAGACGGUGUGUAUUUACGGGCACCUUGAUGUUCAGCCAGCAAACAUCGAUGAUGGCUGGGACACAGAGCCUUUCACUCUGGUGGAGAAAGACGGUAAGCUCUAUGGACGAGGAUCUACUGAUGACAAGGGUCCAGUGUUGGCCUGGUUUAACUGCAUUGAAGCGUAUCAGAAGAUCGGAAAG